AUGAGUACGCAACUUUCAAAUCAAGAAAAUGCUAUACGAUACCAUUUGUUCAUAGUCUUCUCAAGUUUUUGCGGUGUUAUUUUUUCCUUAGCUAUUAUUUCUAGUGUAUCUAAAUUUAUAUUUGGAUUAUCAAUUAGACCUUUGUUACUCCAUGAAGACGUGGCAAAUGUCUACAGAACUAAUUUCUUUAUAUUUGGUCCUGGUGCAUUGGUAACUUUAUUGCCCAACAAAAGGGAAUAUUACGAAGAAAAAACUCACAAAAUUGAUGAAAAUUUUAAAGAUUUAUACAUGCUUAAAAAGGCAGAAAAAUUUCAUAUGAGAAGAGAAUAUACUAAUGAAUGGAAUCUCUUAUCAGAAUUAAGUAAAAGUGAAACCAAAUAUAAAUAUGUUGCCAAAUUUUGGAUGGCAAAUUGCCUUUUAUAUGGGCAAGGUGUCAAAAAAGAUGAAGAACGUGCUUUAAAAUACUUAAAAGACGCUUACAAAAACCACAUAGAAAGACACCUACAAGAUCUAGAAGAUACUCUUUUAUGUAUUGAUUUUAUUAAUAGUGAUUGUAAACCAUUAUUAAUAAGCUAUAGUACAGACUGA